GGAGAGAGAGAAGGGGGCCAGCACCGACCUAAACUUGAGACGCAUCGAGAUGAUUGCACAAACCAUCAGCCAGGACCAGCGGCAGAGAAGGACUUCUCGGUCGAAAUGCUUGCUGGAUUUGGGCAUUCUUUUCUUUUUUCUUCUGACGCUGCGGCUACCCGUAAGGAUUUUUCUUCGGUUGCCGAUGAUGCAGCAAGAUCUACCCAGACCGACCAUCAACCGAAUAAAGGUGAUCGACCGUCGUCCCUCGUACUCGGUGAAUUAGUACUCAUAGAUGGAACCUGGAAUCUUCAAUCGUGAUCUGGUGGACUACCGGCCAUCGCGGCUAUCGAUGCAUAACGACCACCGACUUCCAGACCCGACUUUCGUGGAAAGUACUGUACAUCUACCGAACAGCCCAUCAUCACCCACAAUCCCGUGUGCAAUCCUCGGGACCUCCGUCCACUUCCAAAGCGAAAACAUCCGUGCUCAACAACCCCUUCCAACCGGGAGUUCUCGCCUUUGUCGGACUCCAUGGAACACUACCAGUUCAGUUGAACGGAACGAAUCCACCCACAUAGGGCUCGCCCCACCGUCAACAACAAAGUUCUCGCGAGUCGGGACACGGAAGCAGGAGGCGAUGGCUUUUCUUUCUCGAGUUCUGAACCUAGUUGGUUGUUUGCGAUUGGGAUUGGGAUUUUUGCGCUGUCUUCGCUCAGGGUUUCCUGGUCAGGAUGGACUGGGAUACUUGGACUGUACUUAUACCGGUGGUGGGUGUACUGUAGUCUUUUCCUGCUCUAUUUUUGAAAGAAGGUUAGGUAGAUUAUGAGGUUCGGCAGUUGACUGACUGCUAAAGCAUAGAGGAAAGUGUUUUGUGGAGGGCGGGAGUUUUGGUGUGGGUGGACACUGGUUGUAUUGUGCACUUGUUGAAUGUCGUGUAGUGUAGUGUAGUGUAGUGUGGAAGGCCUUCAUAGUGACUUAUAUAUACUGACUCACUUAGUA